UUUGGUGCCAGAUAAUAGUGGUUGAAAUUCCACAUCUCAACCCAAAAAUUUUCUUCACUCAUGAUAAAUAUUUCUUUGAAUUUCUCAAGAAUGGUGUCAUUAUCCAUCUCAUACAGAAAUUUUCUCUCCCUGAUCGAUUUCCUGCACUCCUGGGUCCUCCAAUCCAGAAUUUAUCUACAAUGGAGGAGGAAAUCGAGAAGGGUAGUCAUGAAUACAGCGAAGAUGAUGAUACAGAAGUCUUUGAAGAAGAGAAGGUCUCCAGAUGGGCAAAGGAUCAAGAGAAUAACACCAUCAAUAUUAAUCAUGUAGAUCAUCAAGAAGAUGAAAAAAUGGUUGCCUCCAUUGAAAUGAAGCUGACAAAGAAGAAAGCUUUAUUAGAAUUCAGAUGCAUGGUUGAAGAUGCAAUUCUGGGAAAUUAUAUUCUUGAAAAUUCCGAAAAAAAACUUUCCAAGAAAGAAAAGAACAAGAUGAUAGAACAAUUAAGAGAGAUUACCCUUUGGGGUGUGCCUCUAUUGCCAAGCAAAAGCCAUGAAAGCACUGAUACAGUGCUAUUGAAAUUCUUAAAGGCCAAAGAUUUUAAGGUUCAAGAGGCUUUCAAGAUGCUUCAAAAGACCUUGAAAUGGCGGAAAGAUAACAAGAUUGAUGACAUUCUUGAAGAAGAUUUGCUUCUUAAUCUUGAGCCUGGCAAGGUUUUGUGCGUAAAUAGUGCAGACAAGGAAGGCAACCCUUUGUGUUAUACAAUGUAUGGAGCCUUCAAGGACAAGGGAUUUUACAAGAGAGUAUUGGGCACAGAAGAGGAUCGAGAGAAAUAUUUGAGAUGGAGAAUCCAAAUCAUGGAGAGAAUGAUCAAGAAGCUUACCCUCAAAGCAGGAGAGGCAGACGCUGUACUACAGAUUACAGAUUUUAAGAAUCUUCCUGUCCCAGAAAUGAAGGAGCUACGUUCUGUUACCAAGAAAUCCUUCCUCCUCCUUCAAUCCUAUUACCCUGAGAUGGUUCACAAGAAUAUUCUAAUAAAUGUCCCUUUCUGGUACUACACAUCCCUUAUGGUUUCGUCGAAGAUCAUAAACCAUAGAACGAAAAGAACGUUUAUUUUGGCGAGACCAUCAAGAGUCACUCAGACCCUUCUAAAGUACAUGACACCAGAAAACCUACCAGUUGAAUAUGGAGGUCUAAGAAGAGACAAUGAUUGUGAGUUCCUUCCUGAGGACUGUGCUUCAGAGGCCACAGUGAGAGCAAGUUCAUCUAGGUCCCUCAAAAUCCCAGUCUCUGAGGCUGGGAUGACAAUUGUUUGGGAUGUUACUGUGGUUGGAUGGGACGUAACGUGUAGAGAAGAGUUCAUUCCAGACGAUGAAGGCUCAUACAAAGUUCUGCUGCACAAGUACAAGGACAAGAAAAUUGGAGACACUAUUAGGAAUUCUUUUUACAUAAAUGAACCUGGCAAACUAGUCAUCUCCAUUGAUAAUCCAACCCUCAAGAAAAGAAGAGUUUUUUAUAGAUUCAAGGCGAGACCCUAUGUACCCAAUUACAAUAUGAUCAAUUAGCUCAAUUAGUUUUAUAUCAUCUCCAAAGCUUCAUUCUACUCUAAUUAAAUUAACACCAUCAAGUUCAAAAU